AUGGCAGCGCAGAGCAACCUAGAAAUUUACAUGGGUGGAUUUGCAAAGGUCCUUAACGAACAAUGGCAAGUCGAUCUACGGCUCAAAGCUGGGGGCAGUAAAAAGGGUGCAGCUAUCUCCGCCCACAAACUUGUUCUGGUCUCUAAUGUUUUUCCUCUCUUAUCUCUUGUUCAUUCAUCAUUCGACCUAAGAAACAAUUUCGGAAUAAUGCAUGUAGCGGCACGAUCAGAAGUGUUUAAGAAGAUGCUGGAACCAGUAACUCUCUCUGAGAUGAAACAAAAAGAGUUAGAGGCGUUCGUCGAGUUCAUCUACAGCAACCGAUCCGUGCUUUCUGCAAACGAGAAGAAACAUGUUCAAUCACUUUAUCUAGCAGCGGACAAAUAUCAGAUCCCGCAUUUACGGGAUCUAUGCAGAAACGAGCUUAUAUCAUCUCUUAACUCGUCGACUGCUCUUAACGUCUUGGAGCUUUCCUUGAUUCCUAUCGACAAAGCCCUCAACGACCCUGCUGCCAAAUUUAUCGUGAGGAAUCUGAAGACGAUCUGUAACUCUGUUGAGUUCAAGUUGUUCGUUGGCAGGAAUCCCGAUCUUAGCGUUGAGAUAAUGAAGGCUUCUCUGGCUAGGUUCUGGAAUGGUCAUCGUGUCUAG